UUGAAUGUGUUAGUUGGAGAUAAUUUCACAAACAAAAAUGCUGGUUUGCUGCGAUCGAUUGGGUGAAUGUGAUUAUCAUUGACGUCGAAAGAAAAUAACCAACACACUCGAAGCAUGACCUCGAUACCAGCAAGCUUCUCCGGUCAGGUCGGAAGUUCCAGAUGGUCGCUAGCCGGAAUGAGUGCUCUCGUCACCGGUGGUACACGUGGAAUCGGCUAUGCUGUGGUGGAGGAACUCGCUGAGUUAGGGGCAAGAGUACACACAUGCUCACGUAACGAGUCUGAACUCGAUCAACGCUUACAAGAAUGGUCCGGCAAAGGCUUCAUCGUCACUGGAUCUGUCUGCGACUUAUCUUCUCGUCCCCAACGACAACACCUCGUUGAAAAAGUUUCCUCGCUUUUCAAUGGCAAGCUCAACAUCCUUAUAAACAACGUUGGGAUGAGUAUAGUGAAACCUACUAUAGAGUAUACAGCAGAAGAAUACUCAACGCUCAUGGGAACCAAUUUCGAAUCUUGUUACCAUAUGUCUCAACUUGCACAUCCUCUUUUAAAGGCUUCUGGAGUUGGAAACAUUGUGUUCAUUUCAUCUGUUGCAGGUCUGGUUCAUGCUUCUGUUGGGUCUGUUUACAGUGCUACUAAAGGUGCAAUGAAUCAGCUUACAAAGAAUUUAGCAUGUGAAUGGGCUGAAGAUAACAUUCGGAGUAAUAGUGUAGCACCAUGGUUCACUAAAACCUCCCUUAUUGAAAAUUAUUUGCAGGGUGCAGAUGGUAAGGAGUUUGUGGAUGCUGUGGUGUCAAGAACUCCUAUGAAACGCUUUGCGGAAGCCAAUGAAGUUUCAUCUCUGGUGGCGUUCCUUUGCUUACCUGCUGCUUCUUACAUCACUGGGCAAAUCAUUUCUGUUGAUGGAGGAUCUUCAGUCAACGGUUAUCCGUAAGUGCAAUGUUAGGGUCUUUUAGUGAAUGCUUGUGAACUUCGUUUUUUUUCAAUUAAUAUUACUUGCUAUUGUGUUUCGAAACAAACACCAUGUUUGUAUAAAUACAAAAACAUAAGAAUCUAGUUUUGUUUUGAAGUU